AUGAGCCGCAAAUUGAAAGCUAGCGUCAUUUCUCCGCACCGCUGCAGCGUGUUCAGCUAUUCGCGUUUGGAGCAGUCUUCUGGUUUCUCCGACGUAGUUGCUUUAUCCACAAAUGCACCAGAUCCGGUAAAUGACUUCAGACGUUUUCAGCCGCGACAGCGGGUCUUAGGUUUCAUUAACUGACGCCUGAUGGUUGGCUCCGGUCUGUGUGCAACUCCAACCCCAAGUAGUGCGAGAAGGCGGCCGUCAGCUUCCGAAAAGUUCUUGGCAUGCGGAAGCGCUCGCCAAAAUUUGGGGUCCGUCAGAUUUGGCUUUUCGUCCCUUUUGCGUAUGCACCGGUUGACGAAGUCGCGCUAGUAGCCAUUGGUUUUGAAGACCAGUCGGAGUUAUUGUAGUUCGGCAGUCUCGUCUACCGCUUCAAUGAAGUGCGUUUUGACACGCCGAUAGAGCGUCAAUACAUAACUGCGUGUGUGGCUGAUUGGGUGGUUACUGUUGAAGUUCAGUACUUGAAUCGUAUUUGUAGCUUUCCUGAACACUUUGGUCUUUAGUCCACCACAAUUCUUGCGGCAUACGAGGACAUCCAGGAAGGCCAGCUGGUUGUUCUCUUCCUCCUCCAUCGUAAAUUGUAUGUCCGGGAAGACCGCAUUCAGAUGUUCCUAGAAUGCCAGAAGUUGGUCCCGGACGAUAAGGACGAAGGUAUCAUCAACAUACUGGGCCCAGCACUUCGGUAUGUGAUGCUGGAGGACCAGCAACUCCAACCGUUGCAGGACGGCCUCGGCGAUGAAUCCCGAAAUCGGCGAACAUAUUGGUCUGCCCUUCACCUCUUCGUAGAUUGUCCCGUCGAAGGUGAAGUAUGUCAUGAGACAGAACUACAGGAGCUGAAGAACUUGGGUGUGUCCAAGACGAUUAUCCGUUUCAUCGUUUUUGUUUAG